AAAAUAAAAAAAGAUGACUGGGGAGGCUCUUACCUGAAUCUGGGCUCAACUCAAUCUGCAAAUAAAUACUCAAGACACUUCUAGUCAUGAUCAUCUGUAAAACAAACAUCUGACCUGAACUGAUCUUCUCUCUGACCUGCAGCAAUAUGUUGGUACCAGUGGUUUCAUUUUUCUGUCUGCUCUCUCUGACAGCAGCGGCUGCUGAAGUGGGUCUUGGUGGUAAAGUGCUUCUGUUUCCAACCAAGACUGAUUCAAGCUAUGUUAAACUCACUCCUGAAAAGCCACUGAGUCUGUCAGCAUUUACUCUCUGCAUGCGUGUCGCGAUGGAGCUCCAGGGCAAGAGGGAGAUCAUUCUGUUUGCCUACCGCACAACCGACUACGAUGAGCUCAAUGUGUGGAGAGAGAAAGACGGCCGAUUGUCCUUCUACCUCAGCGGCAAUGGAGCACUUUUCAGCCUGCCUCCUCUCUCCACCUUCCAGACCCACCUGUGUGUCACCUGGGACUCUGCGACUGGUCUUUCUGCCUUUUGGGUGAAUGGACGGCGCAGUGUGUUCCAGCUCUAUAGAAAAGGUCACUCAGUUCGUCCUGGUGGCACCGUCCUGCUCGGCCAAGACGCUGAUAAAUAUCUGGGUGGCUUUGACGCAGAGCAGAGCUUUGUAGGUGAAAUUACAGAUGUGAACAUGUGGGAUCAUGUUCUCUCUGGCAGUCAGAUUAAGGCGGUUUAUUCAAACCAGGAACCGUAUGUGCCAAAGGGAAACGUGUUUGACUGGAGCACCAUCAAAUAUGAGACCAGGGGAAAUGUGCUAGUGGUUGAAAAUAACUGAUCCUAAUCAGUUGUAACUUCACACACAUUGUCAUCCACACAGUUGUGUCAGUCUUUAUGAUCUGUUCAUCUGUUUUAAUCAGUUACAAGCUGUAAGGGCUAACAAAUAAAUUUUUCUCAGCAUUACAA